AUGCGACAAGACAAAUUAUGGGCAAACAUCAAUCUCGCUUUCUUCAUCUUUCUCUGCUCUCUUAAAAUAGUAUCAACCAUUUCCGCCAGGGAUUUGAAGAUUCUUGGCCCUGUCUUCUCUCACUCUUCUAACAUUCUUGCGAAGGAAAAAGCUAUAGCUGUGAGUUUAGAGGCCAUAAAGCUGAUAGUGACCGCAGAAGAAGUGCUGAUCUUGGAUCCUCUCCGUCCUGAAGUUCUUUCACUCGUUGACCGACUCAAGCAGCAGUUUCCUCAGUCUCAUGAAACAAGAGUUGCACAAGAAUCUUCUCUUCUUGAUCCGGAAGCAGCAGAGGACUUGCAGAGUCAUCAUGAGCUUCCUUUUGAGUUCCAAGUCCUGGAGAUUGCAUUGAAGGUAGUCUGCUCGUUUGUCGAUAGCAGCGUGGUAGCCCUAGAGACAGAAGCCUUGCCUGUCCUUGAUGAACUAACCAAGAAUGUCAGCACCGAGAAUCUUGAUUACGUUCGAAGCUUGAAAAGUAACCUCACCAGCUUGCUUGCUCGUGUACAAAAGGUGAGAGAUGAGAUUGAACAUUUGUUAGAUGACAACAAGGACAUGGCAGACUUAUACUUAACAAGGAAAUGGAUCCAGAGCCAGCAGCAAUCCAAGGCGCUAGUGCUUGGAGGGACAACGUCUAAGCGAAGCUCUAGUAUGGUGACGUGCAAUAAUACCAAGGAAGAUGAGGACGUGGAGGAUCUGGAGAUGUUGCUUGAGGUGUACUUCACACAGUUUGAGGGAGUGAGGAACAAGAUUCUUACGGUGAGGGAGUACAUUGACGACACUGAAGACUUUGUGAACAUACAACUGGAUAACCGACGAAACGAAUUGCUCCAGAUGAAGCUGGUGCUGAGCAUAGCAACUUAG